AUGUCUACCACGAAGUCGGUAAUAAGAACCAUCAAAAAUGUGGCCAACGGCUACUCCGACGUGCAGGUGAUGGUCCGAAAGGCCACCAGUAACGAUCCGACAGGUCCCACGACAGCGCAGAUGGCAGAUGUGGCCAACCACACGUACGAAAACGGAGAGUUUUUGGAGGUGAUGGAUAUCAUCGACCGUCGGCUGAACGACAAGGGAAAGAAUUGGCGGCAUAUAGCCAAGUCGCUCACUCUCUUGGACUAUCUCGUGCGAUACGGGUCAGAGGACGUGGUUGCUUGGGCAAAGAACAAUAUCUACAUUAUCAAGACCCUGAGAGAAUUCCAAGCGAACGACGUGCUGAACACAGACCAAGGAGCUAUCAUCCGUGUGAAGGCGAAAGAAUUGACGGCGCUGUUGCGCGAUGACGAAAGACUGAAGCAGGAGCGAGAGCUGGCCAGACAGAAAAUGACCGAUAGACGGACCAGGAGGAAGAACCGGAUGUCACCUGACGAGGACGAGUACGACGAGGCUUUACAGAAGGCGCUGGAGGAAAGCCGCUUGACGGCCGAGGAGGAGGCCCGCAGACGCAGAAACCAAAGCGACGAGAGUUUGGAGAAGGCCAUCCAGCUCAGCCUCGAGGAGGAAGAGAUGCGGAAGCGCAACAACAAUCUGCUGGAUCUGGACGACAACAACACGCAGCCGCCUCAGGUGUUUGGCUACUAUCCACAGGGACAAGACAUGGGUCAGAUCAUUGGCUACGAUAUGUACGGCAACCCGGUGUACGCCAACCAGCAGAUGAACACCGGGUAUCUCCAGAACGUGUACCAGGACAUGGCUAUGCAGCAGCAGCAGCAGCAGAUGUAUCAACAGCAGCUAUACGAGCAGCAACUGGCGCAGCAGCAGGCACAGCAGAUGGCUGCAUACCAGCAACAACAGGCGCAACAACAGCUUCUUUUGCAACAACAGCAACAGCAGCUCCUUUUGCAACAGCAGCAGCAGCAACAGGCUCCGCUCAAGACGGGAUCGAACAACCCGUUCGCCCAUCUGCAGCAGCAGUCUUCGCAGCCGGCAAAGCCUGCUGAGCAAGGCCAACAGCAGGAGCCUCUUAAGCAGACACCGACAGGUAUUCAGAAGAUGAACGAGCAGUACUCGAAAUUGAACGCUUUGCUGGCCACGGGUACGGGCGUGGACACGUUCGGAAACAUCGGCGACACAAGAAUCCCAGCACAGCACACAAAAACCGGAACCUUUAUCAACUCGUACGGAACAGGAAUCAAGCAGGAGACUGGCUCCAACUCGGCCAAUCCUUUUUUCGAUACACAAUAUACAGGUAUCCCAUCCACAGGAAUCACGCCUUCAUACACGGGAUACGGUUUCGGAAACCAGCAGGCGCAGAAGUCUGGCUCCAAUGCCAACGGAACCAGUCUUAUUGACCUCUAG